AUGUCGGACUCCACCCAGAAAUCCUAUCUCCGGGACGGCUGUGGUCCUCGUGCUGUCGACGCCGGCCACGGCCGCGAGAAGGGCCGGGGAGAAAGCCGACGACAACGUGAGGGCGACGACAGCGGCAAGCAACGAUCGAAGCACACCUCUUCUCGCAGACCCUCGAAAUCAGACUCCAGCCACCGGAGGCGAGAAUCUUCAGGUUCAUAUGCGACAAGCAACAUCCCUGAACGACCCUCUUUCGAGCUGGACGUCAUUGGCCAACCGCAGCGUAGCAUCGUCUUUGGCGCAACCGUCGAGACCUCCGUCAUGGUCAGCCUCAAGUGUCCGUCGCCGGACGCGGUUGCCCAAUACAGCAACAUGGACACCUCACGGCUGAUGGCCGUCGUCUCACUGGUCGCGGAUACUCGCAGCGGGGAGAGGAUGCAGCUCGAGAACGGCACCCUGACUGGCCAGAAGAUGUUCGACUCUGUACACCCUAUCCCGGAGUCCGUUGCAGAUAGCCUCGCGCGCAGCCAAGCAUGCCGGCUCGCCCUCGGAUACGUCUCCUUCCCAAGCCUGUUAAUACGACAACCGGGAACCUAUCGCCUUCGGGUUACCCUCAUCAAGAUGGGCAGCUCCAGCUCAUCGUCCGGCGGCGCCAGCGUUGCCUGCACCGACAGUGAAUCCAUCAAAGUCGAACGUCGCGCAUCGGGAUCGUCGAAUCCUCGCAAGCACCGAGAGGGUGAGCGGGACGACGAGUAG